AUGCUCGUCGUCGGUGGUCAGGCGAUGAUCGAGGAGCUGUGCCGAGCCGGGUACCGGCCACACCACCUGAUGGUGGAGUGUGGAAAGCCAAUCCCGGAGUCCUUUCGGGAUUGCCAGACCACUGACAUCGUGUUUGUGGCCCAGUCUGUCUCGGCCUCCGUUGCGUCCGGACUAGACGGCUACGUUGGUGAUUUUGAGAUCCCAACGCCGCCGAUGAAGGAGCAGCUCAUCGCAAAUCAUCAGCGGCUUAAUCGUGUGCUUGUGCUUGACAACGUCAGUGACCCUGGCGUGUUCGGAACGCUACUCCGCACUGCCUCGGGGUAUCAGUACGACGCCAUCAUCGCGACGAAUCACUGCGCUGACCUAUACGACCAUCGCGUCGUUCGCGCUGCUCGUGGCGCGCACUUUCAAACUGCCGUGCCUAUCUACACGUUGAAAGAGGAAGACGGCGAUGACGUGUAUGGACUGCUGAAUCACAUUGUGGAGCGCAACAACCUUCUGCCGCUUUGCUACGCCGCACAGGCAGACACUACUGACCUCGAUGGUGGGGGCGUGAACACGCACUCAGGGUUUGUCGCCGCACCGGAGGCACCUGUGGGAUGCGUUUUUCGGUCUAGCGUGGUGGGAGCGGCAGCCGUGCCUAUUCCGGCGCCUCGGCAGCGGGAGUCCUUCGGUGCCGCAUCGUCGUCGUGCCGCCUCGCCGGCGCAUCGCAGGUGAGAGAGGCGUCGCUUUCCGACUUCUGCCUUGAUCACUUCACACGCCCCUCCAGCGCCGAGGAUGACGCGAAGAGCGGCUACAUUCUCUUUGCCGGCCCGAACCACAAGCGCAACAUGCUCCGCCGCCUGGCAACAAGGUUGUCACGGCCAAACACGCGACUGCUCCUCGACAGCCUUCCUUCGCCGAGCGACACGCCCACCGAUUUGCUGAUUUCCAUGUCGGUUGUGCUCUACGCUCUUCGUCCGCGUGGCAACUGGGAUUACUUGCCGGCGGAGAAAAAGGAGGAGCACUCCACGCUAGCCUUGCAGGCAAAACAUGCCUCGGUGGACAUUGGCGUCAACCGCCUGCGCGUCAGCGCUGCUGAUAUUAACCUCGAUGAGGCAGAGCAGCGAGAGAAAGCCCACCAGGCAAAUGAGCUCAUGCGCUGGCGGCGUCUUGCACGCCACCGCGGCAGCGACUAUGACCAUUGGAUGGAAACGGAGCAGCGCCGAGUGCAGAGGAUGGUGAGACGUGAGAACCAACGUCGUGUCGCACCGUGGAUGUCGACACGUAAUCUCAAGGAAAAGUCGAUGCCGGACUGGGUGCCGAACAUUAUUGAUGAAUACCGCCAGUCGCUGGAUCGCGACGCACUGACGCACGAGCGCGACAUCAGUACCAACUACCAACGGCCACCGAGGUGA